CACAACCAAGCAUGGCGGACGUCAAACAGGAUCCUAAGGUUUUGUUUCGCAAAAUUCACCAAAAAGCAAAGACUUUGGGAAUAACGGGGGAUCACUAUGACAUGCUUGAGUCUGUAGAUUACCUGAGAGAAAGCAAGAAGCCAUAUUGGACUAUCAUUUUUGCAGUGACAGUGGUUAUUUCGUCCGUACUCUUGGGAGUUUUCUUGGGCACGGGCUGGCCGCUAACAAACCGCACAGUAGCGGGAUUACUCUACAGCGCGUGGGGCGAAGACAUUGAACAAGAACCAUGUAUUUUUGAAAUAAACGAAUUCAUAUUCGAUAUCUUCAGGCCGCCGACGAACUGCGAUAUCUGCCGUAACAUCACUGAAGUUGUUCGGGUGUCGAACCUCUCCCAGGAGGAAUUCGAGCGUCUCUACGCGUACUCCGGCCGCCCGGUGGUUGUGACGGACGGGACGGCAAAUUGGACGGCGCAGACGGAGUUCAGUUUCUCCUUCUUCAAAAAUGUCUACGCCCCGGGGAGCCCCGUUCUAGAAAGCGCUACCAGGGACUGCCAGUUUUUCCCUUACCAGACGAGCUUCACGAACCUCGGGGAGGUAUUUGAGAUGGAAGAUCAGAGGGCGCAGUUGAAGGACAACGCCGAGCCCUGGUACAUUGGAUGGAGUAAUUGCGACCCAAUGGCAGCCAACAUAUUAAGGAAGCACUACUCAAGACCCUAUUUUCUCCCCAAGCUGGCCGAGUCCAGCAAGACAGAUUGGAUAUUCAUGGGCAGCCCAGGCUAUGGAGCAAACAUGCAUAUUGAUAAUGUGGGGAACCCGUCAUGGCAGGCCCAGAUCACGGGGACCAAGCGGUGGACCCUGGAGCCUCCUCCUGAGUGUUACAAGGAGUGCGUUCCCCGAAUAGAGGUGGUCGUCAAACCAGGAGACAUCAUUGUCCUGGACACAAAUGCCUGGUUUCACUCCACUUUGAUCGAAGGUAGCGACAUGAGCAUCACAAUCGGGUCAGAGUUUGACUAAACCCAAUGUUAAAAACAUUCCAAAGAAAAGGAUGAGACACAUUUAUACAAACUGGUGGAUAUGUCUUCAUAUUGCAAACAUACAGUUGACUUGCAGCCUUCUUGCAGAAAGCAUUAAAAGUUUCUGUAGGAGGGACUGCAAUCUGAUUUUAAAUUUUUGUGUUAGCAAGCUUUUUAUUUGUUAUUUUUCACCAUGUUAAGCAUGGUAUAGAUGCUGUAUGAUUUAAUGAAGUCAAUACUUCAUGGUCAUGUGACAGUAUGGUUACAGCAUUAUGAUAUUAUUUUGAUAACUUAUUUAAAAAAAAUGCAUAAUUUGCCUGGCCACAUUUAUUUGGAAAGAUUUUCUAUUUGAUCAGGUGUAAGAUAAGCAAUUAAACCACGUCCGUUUUGUUUAUCAGUAAAUAGCGAUGAAGAGCAAUGAUGUUUCAAAAGAUUAACAGGAAUUUGGUUGCUAUUUGAUGCCUUAUAACCGUUCCUUAUUAUAUAUAAGAAGAAGUGUAAUAAUAGAAAUGAUUUCCAAGUUCCUGGGAUAGGGCAGUGUUGAAUAGUAUAGGCAAAGAAAUGUUACUGAUGAAAUUGCAAAUUUCAAGUUAUGCACUCAAAUUUAUGGUAAUUAUUCAAUAUGUUGAAUCAUCUCACUGUUACUAAUAUUUCUUACUUUACAAAAUUUGAAUUCCAAAUGCUUACAACAUUGUCCAUUUUUAACAUAUUGCCAACUAAUUUUUCACAACUCUUGGAUCUACAUUUUAAGUAUCACCUACAAUUUUGGUUGGGGUAGGUUAAUAGUUUAUUAUCUGAUUUAUGUUGUUUGAAUUUAUUGAAUAAAGACAGUAAGAGUGCUGUUAUUUACCAAUAGGUAGUGAUAAAGUAUCAAGGUGUUUAGAAAGAAAGUGGUCAUAAUAUCUCUGAGUUUUCACAAAAAAAAAAUAUAUAUAUAUCCCGCCAAAAUUAGAAAAUGCAGAAUCUCAAAAUCUAAAUAGCAUACAGACUUAACAGUCAAUAAUGUGAUGUGAUCUGAUAAUUAGGUCAACAAAGUAUCAAGUUGUUUUUGGAUGUGAGAAUAUAGUAUUAUAUUUUCAUAGUUUUUAAUCUAAGAAGUGGCUUUGUCAUUGUUUUGAGUUUCUGAACUUGUAUUCAAUACCAAGUUUUAUUUGUAAACAAAAUGUGUAAAUUUUAUUUAAAAGGGCUUCCUCAGUUUUCAUUUUGAAUUUUUUCUCUU